CUCGACGUUCUCUCGCGUUUUUUUUUUUUUUUUUAAUUUUAUCAAAGUCCGAAACUAUUUAAAUCUCAUUCUUAGCUUAUUUUCCCCAUCCCUUUUCUGGGCCACGCGCUGAAUCGACCAUUAAUUAUGAUAUCAAACUCCGCUUUGGGCUGGGAAUCCAUGGAUCUACGCUCAGUAGCCGCUGGUAAUCCACUGAAUCAGAUUUAAAAGCGCGUGCAAUUGCGACUUUCAGAUAAAUCUCCGACUUGGUUUUACGACCUGCCGACGUUUGCCUAUUCAAAUUUUAUAGCUGCCCGCACAAAGCACUUGACUCAUCAUGGCAUUUGCAGGCCCUCCUCCUGCACAUCCACUUCCGUUUCUGACCGGACGACGGGGGAUCGGGUUCGGGAUCGGAUUCGGGUUUGUUGUGACAACAGCUCGUAGGCAAAGACAACAAGCCGAUCUGUGGGUGUCAUAACCACUCAUACUCGCUGCGAUUCGGGGUCUUGUGUGUCCAGAUGUUGCGCACAAUUAUCAUAUCAGCAGCACAUCAUUUGCGGCUAAGUGAAAUGGCAGAUUGGACUGGCACACUCUGUGAGUCUUCCUUAAAAAGCGGCGCUUUCGAGUCCCAGAUCUCAGUAUUAGCUUAGCCCUACAACCGGAAUGAAGAACUCCCACGCGAACGCAGAUUACGAGUCCUGCUACUACGAGGAUAUAACAAAAUCGUGGCUUAAUCAAACCGAAGGAUACACGGACUGCAGUUACGUGUACAGCCAAAGUGUGACUUCAGCCUAUGUGGAGUACAAUAAAAUUGAGGCUAAUUGGUGUGCCGAAGCCACCGAGCAAUGGUUACAGAGUGGGGCAACUGCUGGCCAGGAUAUGCCAAAACAAACGCCAAAGCCGCGAUCGACAACAUCGAAUCGCAAGGAACGCACAGCCUUCACGAAAUCGCAGCUCAAGGAGCUGGAAACAGAGUUCUGCUACUCCAACUACCUGACCCGUCUGCGUCGCUACGAGAUCGCAGUGGCCCUGGAGCUGACGGAACGCCAGGUGAAGGUGUGGUUCCAGAACCGUCGGAUGAAGUGCAAACGCAUCAAGCUGGAGGAACAGCACGGAAGCGCCACCAAAACACAAUUCUAGUUUGUACAAGGACAUAUUUUAACACAAUUCAUCUUACAAAAUGUUUCGCUUACUUAACAACUAUAGUAAAGGUAUUUUAAGCUACUUCUUGGA